AUGCUCGCUCUUCUGUCCUAUUAUGAGCACCAGCGAUCCCUCAGGCCGUCCACGUUGCUGAGUAUUUAUCUUUUCUUUUCAGUCCUGUUUGAUGCCGUCCAAGCUCGAUCACUAUGGCUUCGCAACACCAAUGCUCCGAUCGCAGCGACAUUCACUGCAGCGCUGGCGGUUAAAUUGAUCAUCACAGUCCUGGAAGGACGCGAGAAACGAGCAAGUCUACAAGCACAGGGCACCAAGUUGUCACCUGAAAUCACCAGCAGUAUAUACAAUCGCACAGUUUUCUGGUGGUUGAACCGUCUGUUUCUCGCGGGUUACAAGAGUACCCUGCGCUUGAACGACUUAUAUCCGCUUGAACCAGAUAUGGCCUCAGCCAAACUAGGCGCCGCCAUCGAGAAUGUCUGGAUGAAAACCAAGCAAACUAGGCUGUAUGCUCUGCUUAUGACAACUGCAGUCGCACUGAAAUGGCCCCUGCUCUUCCCAGUGCUCCCUCGUAUCGCGCUCAUUGGCUUCAAGUAUUGCCAACCACUCUUGCUGGCGAGCGUAGUCAACUAUGUGCAGCUCCCAGAUACGGACCGUGACAGGAAUGUCGGCUAUGGUCUGAUCGGAGCGACAGCCAUCGUCUACAUCGGAAUUGCAGUGAGCACUGGACUCUACAAUCUCAAAGUAUACCGAUCCACCGUCAUGAUACGCGGCUCGCUUGUGAGCAUCAUCUACCGCAAAACCCUGAGACUACAUCUAAACGAAGCCAAAUCUUCCGCCGCAUUAACUCUGGCUAGUUCGGAUGUGGAUCGUAUUGGCCUGACCGUUGAAAGUGGCCAUGAGAUUUGGGCCAUGGCUACCGCCGCAAAUACGCGAAUCGCAAAGUAUAUCCCACGGCGCCAACGGGAAUGGGGCGCUGCGAUCCAGGAGCGGGUAACCCUCACAUCAUCAGUCCUCAGAAACAUGAAAAGCGUCAAAAUGAUGGGCCUGCAGGAGACGGUUGCCCGGACGAUCCAGAGGGCCAGGGUCUACGAGCUAGAUUUGUCGAAGCGCUACCGGAGGUUCUUUGCGUACAUGGCCAUUAUCUCAACUAUACCUUUGCAAUUUUCCGCACCGUUCGCUUUUGUGAUCUAUAUAUAUGGCGUCAAAUCACACCAUGGACAUGAUUCCGUUGCAGCACAGAUCUUCGCCUCACUUUCACUGACCCAGCUGCUCGCCACACCAUUGCAAAAGGUCUUCUCUUCCAUUCCGUCAUUUGCUGGGACACUCGGUUCCUUCACUCGUAUCGAGGCUUACCUUCGGCUUGACGAUCGUGUCGAUGGCAGGGAUACCGGCCUUGCAAGUAGUCGAGAAAGCUGGAAGGAGUCAAUUCUAAGCGAAAGCCAGCUUGAAUUGGGGAACUUGCGAAUGAGAGGGAGAAUCACGGCUAUCGGUAAACAUGCAAUUUCAGUGCAUGAGGCAGACAUUGCCUACUCAGCGGACUCACAUCUAAUACUCCACAAGCAGAGCUUUGAAAUCCGCAAAGGCCUCUUAAAUGUAGUCAUCGGCCCUGUGGGCUGUGGAAAGACCACGCUGCUCAACGCCCUCCUCGGCGAGAUGACGAUUUCCAGUGGCAAAGUGAUGGUAGAUGAUUCUCCAACUGCCUAUUGCCAGCAAACGCCUUGGCUUAUCAACGCCUCUGUCAAAGAGAACAUCCUGAAUCAAUCCCCGUACGACGAAACUUGGUAUAACAGGGUGGUUUGGUCCUGCGCACUGAUUGAAGACAUUGAACAACUACCUGAUGGAGAUGAUACUACUGUUGGAAGCCGGGGAACCAGUCUAAGCGGUGGACAGAAGCAGCGGCUGGCCCUGGCUAGGGCAGUCUACGCUCGAGCACCAUUGGUCGUCUUGGACGAUACCUUGAGUGCUCUCGAUGUGCGAACGGAGAAAUUGGUGUUUGAUCGUCUACUGUCCAAAACGGGACUCUUCCAGCAACUUGGAGCGACGGUCAUCCUGGUCACCCACUCAGUGCAGCAUCUUCGAUCGGCGGACAAUAUCAUUGUAUUGGAUUCAAAAGGACAUAUUGAACAGCAUGGCUCAUUCAGAGAGCUAAGUGGCCGAGAGGGACCAGUCCGACGCCUGUUAGCUGAUUGCCCUCCAAACAAAUCCAGGGCAGAAACCCACAGUUUGGAACCGGCUUCAGAUACAUUCUCUUCAAGCCAAGAUCAAAAGGGAGCAAAUCCGGCAUUUUCGCGUGCUGCUGGUGCCCCAGGCGUAAAAAGGAAGCCUAUCUCCGAUUCAGCUGUCUUGAUGUAUUACUUGAAGUCCAUCGGAUGGUAUCGUGCCUCGAUAUUUCUCCUCACAAGCCUGGCGUAUGUGAUCUGCACCAGCUUCACCCAGAUCUGGGUCCAGUGGUGGACCGAAUCUGAGAAUCCCAAUAAUGGGUCCUUCUUAGGGGUCUACUUUGCUCUGGCUGUCGGAGCCAUUGUGAACUAUAGUUCGAGCAUCUGGUGCAUGAUGAUCUCUAUCGUGCCCAUUUCAGCGGCAAAACUGCACUGGCAGCUCCUUGAUUCCGUUCUUCAUGCGCCCAUGUCAUUCUUCUCGUCCGUAGACUCGGGGAUUACCCUAAACCGAUUCAGUCAGGACAUGUCGCUGAUCAACAGUCGCCUGCCUGUAUCCACGAUGCAGGCAACGCCGAUGGCUUUCCAAGCGCUAGCACAGAUUGCCCUCAUAGCCGUCGGGUCUACCUACCUGGCCGUUGCGAUUCCCUUCUGCCUCGGUACUACCUGGGCCCUACAACGAUUCUACCCUCGGACAUCGCGACAGCUUCGCUUACUGGACCUGAAGCUGAAAUCUCCAUUGUUCUCAAGCAUCUCCGAGACCCUCGAGGGUCUCCCGACGAUCCGCGCGCUUGGCUGGCAGGAGAAAUUCGAACGACGUAAUCAGGAACGGCUGGACGCCUCGCAGCGUCCAGUCUACCUCCUCUACUGCAUCCAGCGCUGGCUGAAUUUUGUCCUUGAUCUGAUCGUCGCAGCACUGGCUAUUCUGCUGGUCAGUCUGGCGACUCAGUUGCCGAGUAGCACAAGCGGGGGCCGUCUGGGAGUGGCGAUGCUCAACAUCCUCGGUUUCAGCCGGAGUCUGUCUCAAUUCAUCUUCUUCUACACGGACUUGGAGACGUCGUUACAAGCGGUUUCCCGUGUGAAGGAAUUUGUGGAAACGACCCUCUCGGAAGAAGCGAGCCCUGGGUCACGGACUCCGCCGCCGGAAAACUGGCCUGCUCGCGGCGCGGUGGAGUUUCGAGAUAUCAAGGCUUCAUAUGCUAGUGACAUGAACCGCAACGUUCUGAAGAAUCUCUCCCUUGCCAUCCAGCCCGGACACAAGGUCGGAAUAUGUGGCCGGACAGGAAGCGGAAAGUCCUCCUUUCUUUGUGCUUUGUUCCGCAUGAUUGAACUCCAGAGUGGCAGCAUUACUAUUGAUGGAAUUGACCUCGACAGCAUAUCCCGGCAGGAGGUGCGUUCACGGUUAAUUGCGAUUCCACAGGAUCCAUUCUUGCUCCCCGGAACAGCCCGUUUCAAUGCGUCGCCGGGCGAAACAGUCGCAGACGACCGGAUCAUAAAAGCCCUCGAGAAAGUCGGGCUGUGGGAGCACAUUCAGAAGCGCGGUGGCCUUGACACCGAUAUUGAUAUUCUUGCUCUGUCACAUGGCCAGCAGCAGCUCUUCUGCCUUGCGAGGGCAAUGCUGAGGCCCGGCACUAUCCUCGUACUGGACGAGGCAACCAGUAAUGCUGACUGGGGAACCGAUGAGGUCAUGCAACGGGUUAUUCGGGAGGAGUUUGCGAACAAGACUAUUGUCACUGUUGCGCAUCGCUUGAGAACAAUUCUGGACAGUGAUUUGGUGGUAGUGCUGGGUCAGGGAUGUAUCCUCAAGGCAGGUCAUCCGGGGGAACUGCUGGCGAGUCCAAGUCGAUUUCGGGAAUUGUGCAGUGCUCAAGGGAUCACCAUUGACAGCAUCUGA